GGCUUUUUGUUUGUUGUCUCUCCUCGUGGAAACAGACCGCUAUUCUCAGAGCAGAACAAGUGUGGUCUCAGAGAAGGAGGACGGAGAAGGUCUGGAGGGUCUGCGGACACGUUUGGAUGAAGAUCUGAGAGCCGAGGAGGAGAAACUGAUUUUAGUGAGUAAAACUGAACAAAGUUUGUCUGUUUCAGGCUCGAUUUUACAGAAAUAUACUCAGAACUGCUGCUGCUGCUGCUGGUGGAGAAACGGGUCUGUCUGCGGGAGUCUGAAAUCUUCGGUGACAGCAGGUCGUCCUCAGUCCUCUCAGAGUAAUGACUUUAUAUUAAUGACUUUAUAAUAAUAACGACGUUAUAAUGAUGAUAAUAAUGAGCUUAUCUUUGCUCUUAAACGCUCAGAGAUCCUCGCAGGAGUUUUUGCUCAUCUGUUGCUCUCAGUCUGUUAUUUUACAGGAUAGUCUGUCGUUUCUGUUGCUCCUCAUUCUUAUUUAUUACUGAGUUAUAAAAUACAGAUUUUAACUUGAAAUACUUCACAUUAAGAUUUUAGAGUGGGGGGUUUAUAACAGCUUUUAAUGGUUUCCAGGACCCCCCCUGGUGUUGGUAUGUUGGUAAAAUGAAAUUCAGUCGAUUUAUCGUGAAUUGGAGGUUUUUUAAAGAUCGAGAAAAUGAAGUUUUAGAUCCUCCCCCCCCAGGACUGAGGCUGUUACUUUAGUUACUGAUUGAUGAGUUUCAGACUCGCCUCAUAUUCUUCAUUCAGACUUCUUAAGAUCCCUGAACUCAGUCAACAUUCAGCGUCAAACUGACAGAGAAAAGCAGCAGAUUCCAGCUCGUAACAGGAGACACUGAACAUGAAGAAAUGAAAACUUCAUAGUUUCAAUCAUCAAUGUUGCAGUUUUAUCAUCUUUUAUUUCACUAUAAACUCACAUGAAGCAACAAACAGCAGGGAAAGAUCCUGCAGUGUGAGAUUCAGGUGAAAAAACGAACAAGCUGCCGAUCUGGAAACCUGGAAACUGAAUUCAGAGUCUUUGUUACUCAGAGUGAAGUGAGACAGCAGAGAACACGACCCCCUCCUCGUCUUAAAAACCAGACAGAGACAGUAAACAUGAAGCUUUGUUGGAGUCUUCUGAAGCCUCGAUCUAUCAGCCCGGCUCUCCUCUGCAGAAUUAAAACCCUAAUCCUCGAUUUGGAGCUGCUCUCUACCUGCUGGAGCGACACAUUCAGGUGUUGGUGUGACUCAGAGGAGCUGAUUCACUUCUUUUCUAAACCAGCUGGAUUUUUCUGUGAAACCAUGACAGAAGUUGGAUCUAAUGUAAUUCUGACCACCGCUCUGACUGGAGUCUUGCUGGUGGUCUUGGUGGUCCUGCUCUGCUACUUUAUGUGCAGACUGGCAGGUCCACUUCCUCUGGGUGGACCCGGCUCCUUCUAAAGGGCUGUGACUACAUCCUGGGAACGGUAAGAACACCUGAAUGAACUCCUCUUUGAAUCAUCAGCAGCACCGACUCACGUCUGAUUCUUGUUCCACACAGAUGGACGUCAGUGAAGUUUUCAGUCUGAUGGAGUUUUUGUUGAUGAUGAUGAUGAUGAUGGUGGCGUGAUGAUGAUGGUGGCGUGGUUAAAAUGUGACGUCAGGUCGGGAGUCCAGACCAUCCCCACAUUUUACUUUCACACAUGGAUCCCAGAAACUAGACUGGAUUUGAUUCCAGUGCUAAGAAGUGAAGACAGACCAGUUAAUGUCAAAUAAUGAAACCAGUUUAUGAUUUUCUGGAAUAAUUAAAAUCACAUUGGCCUCAAGAUCAACACCGACAUCGUCUUUUUAAGAGAUGAGAUAAUUUUCCAAUUCAGAAUGACAGCAUGAAAAAUCCAACACCAUUACUCAACUUCAUUAACUGUUAUAAUACCAAUAAUAUCCUGAACUCUAACCGACUGACUGAUUAAUCAGGCUGAUUAUUAGUGUUUUAAUAUCAAUCAAUAAUGUCUGCAGACACAGCAGGCGGCCGCGUCCAGGUUAACGUCUCAUCCUGAAUCAACAAACCAAAUUGAAAACGAUAACUGUCUCUGAUUGGAUAUAAGUAACUGCUGUAGUGUCGUAUAAAGCAGUUUAAUAUUACUGAAGAUUAUCAGUCAUGUUCUGAAAUCGACAGCGUGGAUAAAUAUAUUUGUUUCCUGAUUCUCUUAAAAAUCCGCCUGAAACAUGUUUUUUGACCAAAGUAACUCUUUAAAUCAGAUUAUCAUAAUUAUAAUGUUUGUCUAAUAAAUAGAAAAUAACAUCAGCUGUCAGCGAACCUUCUCUGUAAUAUUAUCAGAUCAGUAGAGCUCUAAUACUCAUGUUUGUUAUUUUCAGAUGAAAAGAUUUAAAAGUAAAAACUCAGGAUUACAUUAUUGGGGUUAAAACAGACGGGGGUUUAAUUGGUUGUUGUUUAAAUAAUAAACUUCACUGAUGCCAAAAACAUCUUUGAGUCUGAUAUUAAUAGUAUUGAUCUGUCAGAUAAACUCGAUUUUCUGCAGUU